AUGGACGACCCUGAACGGAUCGCACGCGACGCGGCUCUGUGCGAGCGACUCAAUAACGACACCGCGCCACCAGCAGGUGUUUACUGUGAAGGCACGUUCGACUCUUGGCUAUGUUGGCCGCACACACCCGCCAACUCUACCGCCUUCGCCGCCUGUCCAGAGUUCGUACCUGGCUUUAGUCCCGAACUUUUUGCACAUAAGGAAUGUACUGUAAAUGGAACGUGGUGGAAUCAUCCAGAAACGGGUAGACCGUGGUCUAACUAUACGACUUGUGUGAAGCCAGAAGACGACGUCAGCGACAUCAUCGCGGUAUACGAGACAGGCUACAGCGUGUCACUGGUCGCUCUGUUACUCUCGCUGGGAAUACUGUCCUACUUCAAAAGUCUACGAUGUGCCCGAAUUACUGUUCAUAUGAAUCUGUUCACGUCUUUCGCGUUCAACAACGCCCUGUGGCUGGCGUGGUACGCACUAGUUGUUCGGUCACCGGAAACACUCCGGGACUCACCGGUGUGGUGUCGUCUGCUGAAUGCUACGCUUCAGUAUGCACUGCUCACCAACUACACCUGGAUGCUCUGUGAAGGCUUGUACCUCCAUACCGUGUUGGUGAGCGCGUUCGUGUCCGAGCGGCGGCUGGUGCGCUCGUUGCUUGCAGCUGGAUGGCUGCUCCCGGUACUUCCUGCCAUCAUACACGCAGCACGACGGGCUGCUGCCGAUGAGCCGUUAUGUUGGGCCGACGAGGGAGCACCUCGCCCAGAGCUGGCCGUUCUAGUGUGUGUGGCCGUCUUGCUCAAUUUGGCCUUUUUAUGCAACAUCGUACGCGUUUUGUGUACAAAGCUGAGGGCAGGCGGCGGUGCAGGCGUAGCGAGGCCCUCCGCCACGGCGCUACACGCCCUGCGCGCCACUUGCCUUCUAGCUCCACUUCUCGGCUUACAGUACCUGCUGACGCCGUUCCGUCCUCCUCGUACCGCUAGCUGGUGGCUCGCUUACGAGUACCUGUCCGCUCUCACAACAUCUCUCCAGGGCCUCUGUGUCGCCGUACUCUACUGCUUCUGCAACGGAGAGGUGUUAGCGCAACUGCGGCGUCGUUGGCGCAUUUUAACUUUUCGACCGAGAGCUAAUUCUACGACGAACACCACGGUAUCGUUCGUCCGCUCGGCCGGUGCGGGAGCGGGAGAGGAGAAAGUGUGA